CAUCCCAUACAUAACCUAGAAAGGAGAGAGAGAGAGUGAAAGAAAUAGUAGCAGAUCUCAGCCAAAUUAUUCAGCCAUGGCAACCAGUACUCCAGUUAACAUCCCCUCCAAAAUGAAGGCCUGGGUCUAUGGCCAAUAUGGGAAACCCGAAGAUGUCCUUAAAUUGGAAUCCGAGGUUGAUGUUCCUGACGUAAAUGAUAACCAGGUCUUGAUCAAAGUAGUUGCUGCGUCCCUGAAUCCAGUCGACUUCAAACGCAUGUAUGGUGAAUUCAAGGCCACUGAUUCUCCUCCGCCGACUGUAGCGGGAUAUGAUGUGGCGGGCGUGGUGGUUAGAGUUGGAAGCAAAGUGAAGGAAUUCAAGGUCGGGGAUGAAGUAUACGGAGACGUUCACGAGCAUGCUUUGAACCCAAAGGGAUGUGGGACAUUGGCGGAGUACACUGCAGCGGAGGAGAAGGUAUUAGCUUUGAAGCCCAAGAAUCUGAGUUUUGCCGAGGCAGCUAGUCUUCCUCUUGCCGUUGAAACAGCAUACGAGGGCCUUGAAAGGGCUAGGCUUUCAGCUUGUGAAUCAGUUCUUGUCCUGGGUGGUGCUGGUGGAGUUGGAACUUUCACCAUUCAGCUGUCAAAGCAUGUGUUUGGUGCAUCCAAAGUAGCAGCAACUUGUAGCGUUGGGAAACUGGAGUUACUUAAAACCUUAGGGGCUGAUUUGGCUAUCGACUACAAAAGCAACAAGUAUGAAGAUUUGCCAGAGAAAUUUGACGUGGUAUAUGAUACCGUUGGUGAGGCUGAUAGGGGUAUCAAGGCUUUAAAAGAAGGCGGAAGAGUGGUGACAAUCGUGGGGGGCCAGUCGGUGGUUCCCCCUGCUUUCGUGUUUGUGGUCACUUCAACUGGUUCUGUCUUAACCAGACUCAAACCUCUCAUAGAGGAGAAGAAGCUGAAGCCGGUGAUGGACCCUAAAAGCCCUUUCCCAUUCUCUCACACCAUUGAAGCAUUUUCCCAUCUUCAAUGUGGCAGAGCUACCGGCAAGGUGGUCAUAUAUCCGAUUCCAUGAUCAAGAAUCAUUGCCCUCUCCAAUACCUGAACGCAAUCAUGGCCUUUUACUAAUAAGAAUUCUAGAUUGCCAUUCUUUCUUUUCUUUUAAUAUGGUACUAGUAGCAUGGAUAGACAUGUAAGUAGAAGGGAGAGUUGGAUUGGGUGGUAAAGUGGAAAGGAAUAUAAACAGAAACCAAGACCAUUUAUAUAUAUAUAAAAAAAAAGACAUGUAUUGGAA